AAUUGGUGUUCCAGACCCAGAAUUGUGCUCGUAGUUUGAUCGCAUUCCAACUCGAAAUAAGCUUUAACGGAAGAUGCAUUACAGGGUUACGGUUGUAUAAUCUUUUGGAUUAAAAACAGGAUUUUAUAGGAAAGUAUGUUUGUUCCAUUUUUACACAAUCUAUUCUUGCAAUUAGCAAAACAUAUCACCUACAUGGAAAUGUGAUUCAUUGCAUUGUUGCUGGAGCUUCUAAAAUGUAUAAUUAUCAAUUUUAUAUCUAUACCAUGAGAAGUCUGAUUUUACUCUCUCAUUUUUUCCAAAAUAAGGAGCACUCUCUUUCCAUCCUUGCUUUGCUCCCAGUUAAAGCGUCAAGAAGAUGGAACUUUGUGAGUUUGUUCUAAGGAUGCAGGACUUGGUCUUCCCAUAACUGAAACAGAGGAGGAACCCAUCAACCUCUCAGAAGAUUUCUUCUAUGGAGAAGAUGAAGCAAAAAAGAGCUCUGAGGCGCCGAAUGGAAUCUGAGAAAAAGGUUGAAUCUAAGAUACUGUGGAGGAACAAGGAAGAGGUUGAGGGCCAGCUCAAAUUGGAAGCCAAAGGGGAUGAUGGGUUCAAUGAUUUUGCAUCUUCUUUGGGAUUUGUUGUAGGAGCCUCAUUUGUGACAUUUCUUUAUAAAGUGAUCAAGGCAAGGAUUUGCAUUAGGCAUGACAGUAUUGGCUGGUCCAGUUCCAUACAUAAAAGUGGAUGCACUGAUGAAGUUAAUUGUUGCGUUGUUGGAGAUCUCUUCUUCUAUGAAGGGUCAGGACAUAAGAGAUUGCCUAUUGGGGAGCUUGUAUGCUUAUGGAGCUUUUGCAAGAUCAGGGAAAUUAAUUUUUGGAGUGGAUUGCUGAUAAGAGCAUUCCUUAUAGUAAAGCAUUUGCUGGUUCUCUUGUCUUUCUGGCAGCAAAGAAGCGUUACUUACAAGAGUCUGCCAUAUCAGUUCUUUUGGAGUUGAUUGACAAGGUACUUUAACUUUUACAAGCCUGUGAAUCGAAAAUAUAAGCUUAGUACGUACACUUUUAGUUAUUAGUUGAAAAUUGAUUCACAAAUUAGCUUUUCUUGUGUCGGUACUAACUUGUAUGAGCUUGUAUAUCUCCUUUAUGAAAUUUUUAGGAUCUUAUUCACUUGUCUAUUAAACACAUCUCUUCCUGCAUCAUCUUACUGCUGUUGGGAAAGAAAAUGUUUUACACCUCUUGCUAUUACUCUAAGAUGUGCUUUUGUCAUGUUGUCUUUCCUAGAGAUUCAUUCUGUUUAGCAGUAUCACCAUCCAUAGUUUCGUCUUCUCAGCUACAUGUAAACAUUUCCGAUACUUGAAACUCCUGGUCUUAAAGAGUGGUUUGAAGGUGCAACAGAAGUUGGAAAUCCUGAUGUGUGGCUUUUGGCUUUACUAUACGUGAAAAAACUGGUGUUGAUAAAGAGUUUGGCAAGCUUCUUCCUUUUCCUUGUAGCCCCAGCAGGCUUUUCACUGUGGAACAUCUGUUCUUACUUUCCAAUUGCUUGAAGGUACUACUGAACUUUUUCACUAUUCUUCCUUGAAAAGGUUCGUUCAUAUCUUAAUCUGUCGCUAUAUUGAUGCGCUAGAGUCCACUUUCUGCCUGCCACAAACUCAUUGUGUAGGGUAUUCCUUGGUAAAUAUUCUUUUACCUGAAAGUGUUGUACAAGAUUUGAUCCCUCAAUAGCUUUAAGUUCCAUAAAGAAAACACAAAAAAGGCUGCAAGGUAACUCAGCAGAAGUAGAUAUUGAGAUCUUAAAAACUUUUGUGACGCUAGCAUUGAAGGAUCACUUCUUCCGUCAUCUCAUGAUCAUAAGAACUGACAUUCAGUGUUUGCUGCUUCUCCUUCCAAAAUUGCCCGCUUCAUGCAUUUACUUCGUUCUGUCCUAUAAAGUUGUACAGAUGCCUGAUAGAUGUACUUUUAACAAAAACACUGGCCUAUUAAAAGCCGCCAAUACUUUGUGAGAGAAUUAUCCGAGAGGGUCAAGCAUGAUGAUGCUGGAGCAGUGGAAGUUAUUGUGGCUUUACAGGAGCAUAGCAAUGGGAAAUUUGAUUGCAUCACCCGGACAAAAACAGUAGAGAGUUGAUGGCUGAAUUAAAAACUGUGUCUUCAUGCAUGCUUCUCAUUCAGAACUUGUUUCACAUGUUCCUGGAUGAAAGUUCUGGCUUCAGAAAUUGGUCCCAUAGAAGAUAAGGAGUCUGUUGGAGCUGUAGGAACCUCAGUAGAAUUUUUUGGAGGCUGGGUUGUAGACUCUGGAUACAAAUGCAAGGUUCAGAGUGCGAAUAGAAAUUCUAAAAUUUCUGGCAGUUAGGGGUUUAUGCUCUUCAACUCUUGGAACUGAGAUGAAAUUUUUUGAAGUGGAGGAUAAGUUUAGGUUGCCAAAGUCUUCCAUUUCAAGCGCCCUUUGUAGGAUGUGCAAUGAGCAACUAAGUUACUUCUGUGAUAUGCUUAAAAAGAGUAAUUAUCUCAUGUUGUGUCAAGUGAUGUUAAAGCUAAUGACCGUGGAGCUUAUUUCGUGAGAUUCCUUACCACAUUGUGGAACCUUCCUUCUGUUUCAACGUUCAGGUCCUUGAGCUGUGAUGGCAAAGAAGCAUUCAGUAAAUUGCAGGAGUCUGAGUAAGGUGAGAAUUUUGGUUGCUUCAUUUUUGUAGCAUUCUAAUAAGUUGCUGGCCUGUUCUCCGGUUAAAUGUUUCUUGUGAUUUUCCUUAGGCCUCCCAAUUCUUCUAACUGUUGGAUAAUCAUGAUUCAUGUCCUGAUUUGGUGUGAGGAGUCCGAGUAAGGUCUUAAUUUUAAAACCAUACCGUCUUAUUACUCAUCUUAUAUUACCAUAAGAAACGUGUAUUCUCUUUGUGUCAGAUUAACAACCAUUCACCAGUGUUUAGGAAAUCAAAAACUAAUCUAAUCCCUUUUCCCUCUUGCCUCUUUUUCUCCAAAUGAUGGCAGGAAAGGGACUUGGUUCCGAGUAUUGAGGAGAUUUGUCAUUCCAUGAGAUUUUCCUGCUGCCUCUGGAGAAGAUGAAGCAGACGGAGAACUCUUGGUUCACAUGCUCCUGGAUCAUUAUAACCUAACGUAAAUCAUUUUGCUUGAUGUUCUUGGCACGUAUGAUCCGACUGCUAGAAAAUUUUCGCCUGUGACGACAGUAUUUACGAGGACAUUCCUCUUGAUGUUGCACUGACCUUUUGGCUAUGUUGCCCGGACUCUUCAAAGUGCCGACGGGUGCGUGCCGGAUCCUCCAAAGAUUAGUGUAUUUUUGGGAGAUCCAACGCGGGUAAGGCAUCAAUUUGGAGAGUCCGAGCAACAUAGCCUUGUGGGCAUUGUUACCUGGUGGUUUUUCUGACCUGUCACUGGACUUUAUUAUAUCCUAGGUUUGCCUACGGUGGAAUGUUAUUUUGGGUAUAGCACACAUUCUUUGUUCUUCUGUUCUAGAACUGAUAGUAAUGGCAGUUCUGAUAAUAUUUAUUCCUA